UCAUAGGGUAUUUCUGUUGAGUACAUUCAUUACUGUGUUAAGAAUUCAUGGUUUUGACAGCCUUGUUGCUGUACUUGUAGUAUUCAAUCUGUUACACUUGAGUUACUUCACUAGAUGAGCUGGCUGUUUUGCAGCUCUUUAUCAUGUUUGUAAACUCUAGAGCUGGUGAUCUCCUUGUCAUUUCAAUGCCUGUUCUUGUGUAAGAAGAGUAAGAUGGUUGAACAGGGAGUCCUAGUGGAUUUUGGUGGUGGGAAGAAGGCAAUGGCUUCAUCCUCCACUACCUCAAGAACAUUGCCUUUACAGGCAAGACCUUCAGAUUACCAUCCAUAUCCACCUCCUAUGGCUACAUAUGAGGAAGUUGUUGCCUCUCCUCAACUGUUCUGGGUGACUUUGGAGAAGCUACAUGCUGCCAUGGGAACCAAGUUCAUGAUCCCUACUGUUGCAGGUCGGGAUUUAGAUUUGCAUCGACUUUUUGUUGAGGUGACUUCUCGUGGUGGUAUUGCUAAGAUUCUCCAGGAGAGAAAGUGGAAAGAUGUAAUUGGUGUUUUCAGCUUUCCAUCUUCAGCAACUAAUGCUUCUUUUGUUCUUCGGAAGUAUUAUUUUUCACUGCUACUACACUAUGAACAAAUUUACUUUUUUAAGGCUGAGGGUUGGACAUCUGAUGCUUCACAUAGUUCUUCGUCUCCAAUUACACCUCUGCCGCGUGAAUUAACUAAAACCACGCAGUCAUCACUUGUAAACCAAGCAGGCAUGCAACAAGCAAGGGUGGUAGAAUCUGCAAAGCUGUUACCUGAAGCAUGUCCAGCACUAUCAAUGGGUUCCGAAGUGCAUGGGGUUAUCGAUGGAAAGUUUGAAAGUGGAUAUCUUAUAACUGUGAAAAUUGGCUCAGAGGAACUGAAAGGUGUCCUUUAUCAGGCUCCUUUUAAGUCUGCUCACCAGAAAUUUCAACAUCAAAAUACUCAGCAAUGCCAAAGGGCAUCUGGCAGUAAAACUAAAAGUCCGUCGGUAGCAUUAGGGAUAGCCCGUCGCAGGCGUAGGAAGAAAUCUGAAAUCAAGAAAAGGGAUCCAGCCCAUCCAAAGCCUAAUAGAAGUGGAUAUAACUUUUUCUUUGCAGAGCAGCAUGCCAGACUAAAACCACUUUAUCCAGGAAAAGAUCGGGAGAUCAGUAAGAUGAUUGGUGAUUCAUGGAACAAACUAAAUGACUCUGAAAAGGCUGUCUAUCAAGAAAAAGCUGUCAGGGACAAAGAAAGAUACAGAAUAGAGAUGGAAGGAUAUAGAGAAAGACUUAGGACAGGGCAGACUUUAGGUGGUGCAACUCCAAAUCUACAACAGUCCCUUGAUCCACAUGUGAGUACUGCUUUGGACGUGAACCAGAUACUUCAAACCAAUGAUGCAUGCUCACCUUACUUGCGUGAGAAAGCAACAAUUUCAAAUAGUAAUGGCAAAAAUAACCUACAGCUGAGUAAAGGGCAGACCAUUACUGAUGCAGUUGUCAUGCAACAGCAGAACCUUAGGCCAGAUCUCAACUUGAUGGACCUGGACAAGAAUUUUCAAAUGGAGGAUGCACCUUAUAUUCCUGAGAAAGACGUAAGUAGUGACAGUGGAAAGAGAAAUGUUGAGGGUCAUCAUCACUGGCCUGAAUGGUAA